CACACAGUAGCCUAUAAUUGUAGUAUGUAGAAAAUGAGGUAUGUACGCAGUCUUCUACACAGCCAACUACACAAAAGAGAGAAAGAAGGAAGAACGAAGACAGUAAACACAGCUUGCAACUUUAAGCUCCACCCAUUCGGGGAUCUUUAGUAGAAAAUCGAGCGUACCCGGGGGUGUGACUGACAGUUUUCUUUCAGUCACAAUCGAGAUAAGGUAUUUUCUGCUUUACACAUCUACAAAUUGUCACGACACAUACAAGAGAGAGCUGCAGUGAAACUGUCCCAGACUCUAAACGCUGAUCGUCAGAGGUACGAUGAACUGCUGUGGUCUACUAACUGCCCAGAAGGAACCAGUUCCUCUGAAGAGCAUCGAGGUGGAGCUGGAGGUCAGGGACCAUGUGGCUACAGUGGUCUCCACCCUGACCUACGAGAACAAGGAGGACAAACCAGUAGAGGCUGUUUUUGUCUUCCCUCUGCCUGGAGAUGCUGCUGUCUGUCAUUUCAGUGCUAAGAUCGGACAGACACAGAUUGUAGCUGAGGUGAAGGAGAAACAGCAGGCUCGUGAGGAGUAUGAUGAUGCGCUGAGCUCUGGUCAGCAGGCCUUCCUGUUGGAGGAGAGUGAGCAGAGUCCAGAUAUAUUCACCCUGAGUGUGGGCAGUCUGCCUCCAAGAGAGAGCGCCUCCAUCCGGCUGGAGUACGUCACUGAGCUGGCUGUGCAGGCUGAUGACGGGCUGAGGUUUUGUCUGCCUGCUGUGCUCAACCCUCGCUACCAACCUCAGGGAAGUGGAGGUAGUGAAGGUGCCAGUGUCCAGGUGACUUCUGUUCCAGCCUCUCUGGUUCCCUACAGUCUGUCUUUUUCCGCCCGAGUGUCCUCUCCUCGUCCAGUCUCUAAAGUAGAGUCCAACUGUUCCCUGGACCCUCUCCAGCACCUCAACACAGAGCAGACCCAGGCCACGGUGAAGUUGGCUGCAGGACACAAGUUUGACAGAGAUGUUGAACUGUUGAUUUAUUACAAAGAUGCCCACCAGCCCACUGCUGUGGUGGAGGCAGGACAGACCACAGCCAAGACUGGCACUCUGAUGGGUGAUCCAGUCGUGAUGCUGAGUCUGUACCCUGAGUUCCCCCAGUCUGUGAUGUCUUCAGUCGCCUCAUGUGGAGAGUUUGUGCUCUUGAUGGAUCGAUCUGGGAGUAUGGGUUCACGUAUGAACAACGGCAGGGGUCAACAGACUCGCAUUAGCAGUGCCAGGGAUACUCUACUGCUCCUGUUGAAGAGCUUACCAAUGGGCUGCUAUUUCAACAUCUACAGUUUUGGGUCCAGUUUUGAACACAUCUUCCCUAAGAGUGUGGAGUACAGCCAGAGCUCUAUGGAAGAGGCUCUGAAGAAGGUUGAGCUGAUGGAGGCUAAUUUGGGAGGAACAGAGAUCCUGAAGCCCCUCAAACAUAUUUACAGCCAGCCCUGCAUUCCCAGUCAGCCAAGACAACUCUUUGUCUUUACUGACGGCGAGGUGUUCAACACCAAAGAAGUGAUAAAUCUGGUGAAGACAAAUUCAGGUUCCCACAGGUGUUUCUCCUUUGGGAUUGGGGAAGGGGCCAGCUCUGCUCUUAUCAAUGGGUUGGCCAAGGAAGGAGGAGGUCAUGCUCAAUUCAUCACAGAGACUGACAGGAUGCAACCUAAAGUGAUGCAGUCGCUGCGAUUUGCUCUGCAGCCAGCAGUGGUGGACAUCACAGUCACAUGGGAUUUACCAAAAGGAGUGUCUGUCACUGCUCUCUCUCCACCAAUCACAGCAGUUUUCCAGGGUCAAAGGUCACUGGUUUAUGCCCAGCUCACUGGAAAGAGUUCAGAGGCAGCACAGGGCUGUGUGACGGUGAAGUACAGCCUGGCAGGUCAUCCCUCUGAGAACCAGCUCCCAUUCAAUCUCAAACCUGCAGAGGACACUGGAUUAACAGUCCACAGGUUGGGUGCUCGGACUCUGAUUCGCUCCCUGGAGAUGGAAGAGAGAGAACACAGUGGACAGCAAGAUGGAGGAGUGAAGAAGAAGGUGGUUGAGCUCAGUGUCCAAUCAGGAGUGAGCAGUCCCUUCACUGCCUUCAUUGCUGUGAACAAAAGCAAUGGCAAGCCGAUUCAAGGACCUGUGGUCCGCAGAGAUAUUCCACUAUCCGGAAUGAUGAUGGGAGCUCCGCUGGUCUGUAAUUCUGUAGGCAGAAUGAACUUUUGUGUCGGUGCUAUGGUGCAACCUAUGUCAUUUUGCAGAAGCAAACGGUCGGUUGCCCCUGAUACUGUGUCCUUCCAGGCAUGUUCCAUGACCCAUCGAGGAAGGAUGCUCAUCUUAGGAGGAAGGCCACUGAGUGCUCCGCUGGUCUGUGAUUCUCUGCCCAGUAUAAAAACCUUGGAUGAUGAAGAUAUUGAAAGACCCAUCCCCAAACAGCCUUGCAGAGACCCUUUGCUGCAAGUGGUUUCCCUCCAGAAUGCGUCCGGCUCCUGGCUGUUAAAUCCAGCUCUGGCUGAUGUACUGGGAAAGACCAGCGAGGAGGUGGACAAGUCAAAGCCUGCAUUGGUGAACCAGGAAGUGUGGGCCACCAUUCUGGCUCUGAUCUGGCUUCAUGCUUUCAAGAUGGAUGCUAAGGAGGAGUGGGAGCUUCUGGCUAUGAAGGCCGUGUCAUGGCUCCGUGCUCAGAAUGCACCAUCUGUGGCAGAGUGUGUGAAAGCUGGAAAUGCACUGUUGGGUUGCAAGGUGCAGGAAGACGUCCUGGGGCUCUGAGGUUUUCAUUAAACCGGCUGCUCUUAAGGAUUGGUACAGAGAAGCAGAUUUACUCCAUUUUACAGCCUUUACACUGUCACAAUUCAGUCUUAUUCUGUUAUGUUUUCUACUUUCAUUUGGUGUUUCUCUUUCUAUUUCUCAUUAUUGGCCUUUUAUAUUGGUCUCUAUUUUGGUUCACCUAUUGUGGAUCAUUGUAAAAACUUGUCAGAACAGCGCUAAAUCCUUACCAUAUAUAAAUCAAGUGAAUGAUG